GUAAAUCUUUCUUCGGUCCCCUAAUUAACAAUUCUCUAUAUUUCUACUGUGUCACACAUUUUUUUUUUAUAAUUAUUUUUGGCUUUUAUUUUUAUUUUUUCUCCUCUGCAUGAACUUUAAGCACACCACAAAAUCUACUCAAUCCUCAAACCCAUCAAGAAUCCAAACCUGAUUCCUAUUUUCUUGCACUUUCUUGCAUUUUCUCAUCCACUGGGAUUCUCUCUUUUCUUUUCUUUGUGUGUUUUUUUUUUUUUUUUUUUUUUUUGGGGGGGUCACAUUGAUUUUUUUUCCAAUAGAAAAUGAGGUGGGAAAGGGUACAGCUCCAUGGCAGACAGGGACAAGGAGGAGUAGCUUAUCAACAGCAACAACAAGAAGAAGUGGGUGAGAUAUCUGGGCCAGGGAAGAGGUGGGGACAUACCUGCAACGCUGUUAAAGAAGGGAGGUUUCUGUACGUGUUUGGGGGUUAUGGCAAAGAUAACUGUCAGACUAACCAAGUACACGUCUUUGACACUGCAACUCAAACAUGGAGCCAGCCAUUGAUAAAAGGCACACCUCCUACUCCCAGGGAUAGUCAUAGCUGUACCACUGUUGGUGAUAAUCUCUAUGUAUUUGGGGGUACAGAUGGCAUGAACCCUCUUAGGGAUUUGCAUAUAUUAGACACUUCCUCACAUACAUGGAUGUCUCCAAGUUUAAGAGGGGAAGGACCUGAAGCUCGGGAAGGUCAUAGUGCAGCUCUUGUUGGUAGACGACUGUUUAUAUUUGGUGGCUGUGGAAAAUCUUCAAGUAAUAAUGAUGAGGUUUACUACAAUGAUCUUUACAUAUUGAAUACUGAGACACUUGUAUGGAAACGAGCUAUGACAUCUGGCACUCCACCAUCUCCACGUGACAGCCAUAGUUGCUCAUCUUGGAGGAACAAAUUCAUUGUGGUUGGUGGAGAAGAUGGUCAUGAUUACUAUUUAUCCGACGUUCAUAUUCUUGAUACGGAUACUCUUAUUUGGAGGGAGCUGAAUACUUCUGGCCAUUUGUUGACACCCCGAGCUGGUCAUUCCACUGUUGCUUUUGGAAAGAACUUAUUUGUUUUUGGGGGAUUUACAGAUGCCCAAAAUCUAUACAAUGACCUUUUUAUGCUUGAUAUUGACACUGGUGUAUGGACCAAGGUGACAACUAUAGGCGAUGGUCCAUCUGCUAGAUUUUCUGUGGCUGGGGAUUGUUUGGAUCCAUUGAAGAGAGGUGUUCUUGUUUUCAUAGGUGGUUGCAACAAAAGUCUUGAGGCACUGGAUGACAUGUAUUAUUUACACACAGGACUUACCAGGGAAACUGAACGGCGGCUAGACAAGUUAUCUCUGAGGAAGCAGUUAAAGCUAAAGUGCCAAGAACAAAAUCUCACUCCUGUUCAUGACAAAGCUCUUGUCAGAGUUGGAAUUGAUGCCAAUAUGGGUCCACCUGCAACUGUACCAGUUUAUGGCCAAGCCUAUCGACAGAAAACGAAUUUUAGUCAAUUCCAGCCUCUUCAAGGAAAGAAAACGUUUCAAGCUAAGGUUACUAAAAUAAUCACUGAUGGGUAUACAAUUGAAACUGUUAUUGAUGGAAAGCCUCUUCGUGGAGUAUUGUUUUCCAGCAAACCAGAAUACUACGAAAUAGCAGCUACUCCUAAUUCCAAUAGGAAGCGGGCUGGUGGAGGGGAAACUGGUGGAGUUAUGUCAAAUGGUGAUUAUUACAGCAAAUCAAAAACUUCAAGGACCAACAAGCAGGAUGCAGUGGAUGACAGACAGGCAGUUAACACUCAUGGAAAGGAUUUAGCAUCACAUGAGCCCUCGACAGAGGCUGCUUCAUCUGCUGUCUCAAAAGAUCAAACAUCUUCCGAGCCUUCUAAGUUGCAUAAGGUUACUGCAAACCCUGAACCGUUGGUGACUCCUUUGCAUGUUGGAGGGGAGAGGGCAAAUGAUGCACCAAAAACCAACUCUGAAGUACGUGGAGAAGACAGGGUAAAUGACACAUCUAACAACAGUGAAGUUUUGAAAGAAAAUGUGUCUGCUGCGGCAGAUAACACUGUUUCUUUGUCCCUAAACCAAGAUGACAGGACAUUAAUGGCUGGUCAUGGUUAAGCAACAUCAAUUCGAAACCAAUCAGUUUUAAGGGAUUAGUUCUGGAUAUAACCUGACACACAAACUCUGCCGGCUAUUGUACAUUCAUAUGAAGGGAUCAUAGAUGCAUAUGACAGGAUACACAGAACUUGCUAACUGGUGUGAUCUGCCACCUAACAUUUUAGUCUAAAAGUUGUAGUUGUAUGUAGUAGUUUGGCUGAUUUCUUGGUUAGUCCAGCAUCAAAUUGAACUUCUUCGAACAUUCCAGGACAAAGAGGUUGCUUAUCAGAAGUUGAUGACUGUUAUCUUUAUCUAAUUUUUGCAGCAAAAGAAUCAGUAACAUUUGCAUGGUGCAAAAGUUACAAAUUUUCUGCUGGUUCUAUUUCAAUGAGAUGUCUAAGAUACCUGAAAUUAUUAUUAGUAUUAUUAUUAUUAUUGUUUA